UCCCCUGGGCCCGAAAUGGCAGUCCCCAACGGCAGCGGUGCCACAGGAUGGAAAUCUGCAGGUGCCCCCCAAGUCACCUAAUCUCUCUCCUCCUCCUCCUGUUUGUUUCAGAGACAGCCUGCCGCCCCUCGGGGAGGAGGCCCUGCAAGAUGCAAGCGUUCAGAAUCUGGGAUAUUAACCAGAAGACCUUCUACCUGAGGCAUAACCAGCUAGUUGCCGGGUACUUGCAAGGACCAAACACCAAGUUAGAAGAGAAGAUAGACGUGGUGCCCAUCGAGCCCCACACUGUGUUCCUGGGGAUCCAUGGCGGAAAGCUGUGCCUGGCCUGCGCCAAGGUCGGCGAUGAGAUCCGGCUCCAGUUGGAGGAGGUCAACAUCACUGACCUGAGCAAGACCAGGGAGGAGGACAAGCGCUUCACCUUCAUCCGCUCAGAAAAUGGCCCCACUACCAGCUUUGAGUCUGCUGCCUGCCCCGGUUGGUUCCUCUGCACAGAGCUGGAGGCAGACCAGCCAGUCAGCCUCACCAACACACCCAAGGAAGCCAUCAAAGUCACCAAGUUCUAUUUCCAGCAGGAUUAGUGGUGUUGCCACACCACCGCCCUGCUGCAGCACCUCUAUGACUCCAGACGCCGCUCCACCCUUCCCAUGGUCCUCCUAGCUGUCUCAGGGCUCCGAGGAGCAGCCUUUGCAGGUGGACCCUGGUGUGAGGACUCUGUCUCCAGCCCCUCAGCUGAUGCGGCCUUCAUGCUGCCUCCACAGCAGACUUUCUAAAGUGCAACUUGAAACACAACAUAGCUCACAGCCCUUCCUUCACUGUCCCCCGGGUCUUCCCGAUGACAUCUGGGCCACCUGGACAGCCUGACACCUCUGCUUUCCUCUCUCAGCUCCCCCUCUUCCUCCCUGUCCAUGUCCCAGGUCCCUAAAGCCACUCACUCAUCUCCCACCAAGUGGCUCCCAAACCUUGUUUUGCAAACCUUGGGACAGCAGCAAUGUUAGGGUCUGUGGCAAAAAGAAAAAAUAAGGACUUCAUGAUAUUUUUUUAAAGCCCACUUUACCCAAGUUUAAAGAGUACUUUAUUAGGGCAUUAUAUCCUUCCUGGAAGAGGUUGGGCAAUCUACUUAUUUCACUGUUUUACAAUAAACCUUAAGAAUGCAUCUA